UUGCAGCUGUGUCUGCCGAAGACUGCAUCAAUUAUGCAACCAUGACCCCAUGUGGAAGGUGCAGUGUCACAAGUACUGGCUUGUGUCAGAGGAAGAGAAAGCAGAGAAAAAACUGAGCUGGAAGGAAAUGUUUUGUGAGUAUUUCUCUGACCUGGGGCGCUACAUCGAGCACUACGCUGAAGUCAGGACAGCUUGGGAGGAGCUAAAAGCUUUUCUGGAAGUGCAAUGUCCCCGAAUGAUUGCAUCAUUGAAAGUAGGCGUAACAGAGCAGCAACUCAAUACUACAGAAGAGAAGAUUGGCUUCAAGCUCCCCAAUGACUAUCGCUGUUCCCUUCGGAUACACAAUGGGCAGCGCCUAGUGGUUCCUGGCUUGAUGGGCAGCAUGGCAUUAUCCAGCCAUUAUCGUUCAGAAGAUCUGUUAGACGUUGACACGGCUGCAGGAGGCUUCCAGCAGCGGAGGGGUCUCAAGCAUUGCUUUCCUUUAACAUUCUGCAUCCACACUGGACUCAGCCAGUACAUGGCACUUGAUGAUGUGGAAGGGCGACAUCGCUGUGAAAUAUUCUACCAUUGUGCGGACCAGAUGGCCUGUGACCCAUCAGUGGUAGACAUGUUCAUCACAGGUGCUUCGUUCACAGAAUGGUUUACCUCAUAUGUUCACAGUGUCGUUUCUGGAGGGUUUCCAAUCAUCCGCGAGCAGAUCUUCAGGUAUGUUCAUGAUAAAACAUGUGUCACUAGAACUGGGGAUAUCAUUAUAUCUGUGUCUACAUCUUUCUUGCCAGAGCUCAGUUCAGUCCAUCCCCCACAUUACUUCUUCUCAUACAGAAUCAGAAUUGAGAUGGCAAAGGAAGCCAUGCCCGAGAAUGCCUGUCAAUUGGACAGUCGAUACUGGAAGAUAACAAAUGCAAAUGGCAAUGUUGAGGAGGUUCAAGGACCGGGUGUUGUAGGUGAAUUCCCAGUGAUGCGACCAGGAAAUGUUCACGAGUACACGAGCUGCACUACUUUCACUACACCUUCAGGAUACAUGGAAGGGUACUACACCUUCCACCGACUCAGUAGUAAAAAGGACAUCUUCAGCGUUCCUAUUCCCAGAUUCCACAUGCGAUGUCCACCGUCCCGAGGAUCAGCAGCUCGUCAGGAGAACGAUCCUAAUGUAACAAAACAAAAUGAAGAGCCUCGAGGAGAUGGAGAUAGCCAUCGGAGGACAACUAUGUUUGUCAAUGUUCCUGGUCCUAUGGGACGGUGUCUACCUCCCACCUAAUUGAAGCUUCUUCCUGGAGAAUUGGGGAGAUUUGAGGGCUUUGUAUUUCUACGUUUUAUGUUAAUAGUGCUUUGUUUCAUCUUAUAAUUCAGUUUCUAUUGAGGGUUCAAAAUGCAUUUUAAUAGCAAUUUGAUGUGUUAACAAUAAAUAAUCCUUGCGCCUUUC